GUGCUCGCGCACGCGUCACUGAACAGUAAACAUGGCCGCUAGUAGCCGCCGGUGGACUCAUAACUGCAGAUGUUUGCUCUGUUUAAUACUAUUUAUCUUCAUCAGUUCCUCAUUAGACGGUGUUAACGCCGCGCCAGAGACGGGCCUUUGGAGUAUUACAGUGCUUAAUACAUCAAGACCUUUAUUAUUAAGAAAAUCCAUGUACAAGGACACUGAUAUUCAAGUGAAAGUGACAUCCUUUGGUUGUCCAGAGGAAGUGACGUUCACAAUUCAGUGGUUUUUGAAGUAUUACCUAUGCCACAAUGAAUACAACAAUAUUGAGGAACUAUAUGACAAGACACCACUGAGUCGAGGUGUGAGUCUAGACCCGAACCCUCUUGGACCGGGAGAGUAUAUUCAACACAAAUACAGCGGAUUACUUUGUCAAAGCGACAUGCACUUCUUCCCCAUGCUCAAUAAAUCAAAAGCAGAGCCAAAACCUGUGAAAGGAACUGCGGUUGAAGGCGAGUUUCAGGCUGAGAGUUCCACAAGUUCCCCUCUUGCUGACACUGGCACAUCUAGAGCAAAGGAUCAUGUGAUUGCUACAACCUGGAGAGAUGGGCCGUACCUGCUUGUGGUGUUGAUUCAACCAAGCAAACAAGAUGUCAACUGGAAUUUAACCUUCAGUGUGGUGAUGAAGGGGACCCACGGCUAUCUCUCCAUUACAGAAUGGCCUCUUAUGAUCUUCUACAUGGUGAUGUGUGUGGUUUACAUCCUGUAUGCUCUCCUCUGGUUUGUCUGGUCCUCCUGUUACUGGAAAGACCUGCUGAGGAUCCAGUUCUGGAUUGCAGGCGUGAUCUUUCUGGGCAUGAUAGAGAAAGCCUUCUUCUGUGCUGAAUAUCAGAACACGAACACAUUGGGCUCAGCUUCUCAGGGUCUGCUGAUCUUUGCCGAGCUCAUCUCAGCUCUGAAGAGAACUCUUGCCCGUCUGCUUGUCAUCAUCGUCAGUCUGGGCUAUGGAAUUGUUAAGCCACGUCUAGGUACAGUCAUGCACAGUGUGGUGGGGCUAGGGGUGCUUUACUUCAUAUUUGCCGCCAUCGAGGGAGUUCUGAGGAUCACUGGGGCUAAAGACUCUGACCUGGCCCUGCUGGCCAACAUUCCCCUGGCUCUGCUAGACUCCUCUCUCUGUUGGUGGAUAUUUGUCAGUCUAGCACAAACCAUUAAGACUCUAAAACUCAGAAGAAACCCAGUGAAGUUGUCUUUGUACAGACACUUCACAAACACACUCAUCUUUGCUGUUCUUGCCUCAAUCAUUUUCAUGGUGUGGACGACAAAGAAGUUCCGGUUAACAGAUUGUCAGGCGGACUGGAUGGAGUUGUGGGUUGAUGAUGCGUUCUGGAGGUUCCUAUUCUCCAUCAUUCUGCUGGUUAUCAUGUUUUUGUGGAGGCCAUCAGUCAACAACCAAAGGUAUGCGUUCACACCUUUGAUUGAUGACUCCGAUGAUGAGGAGAUCGAAGAGUUCCUGGUGUCUGCAAAUAUAGCUGAUGGGAUCAAAUUGAGAGCAGCCAAGACAGAAACCAACGGCACAAUGAAACCUGCAGCAGCUAUUCCGGAUGAAGACUUGAAGUGGGUGGAAGAGAAUAUUCCUACCUCUCUCACUGAUGUAGCGCUUCCUGUUCUUCUCGACUCUGACGAGGAGAUCAUGACUACAAAGUAUGAGAUGUCUAAGAUGGAGUGAGCUUGAGAAAGUCCAGCAUCUAUAGCGAGACUCCAGAGAUCAACCAAACCGCUCUUCCUCAAACUGGCAUCUGACCCUCGCCAGAGAGAACGACAGACAGACUGGUUUCCUCCUUUGGUCUGGUUGGUUGGUGGUAUCUGGGUGCGGAAGUAUUCUAGCAAAUUUCGACACCUUACUACCUGAGCUUUUUAUUUUUUUUCUCAAAACAUCCAGCAGACAUAAUGUCAACAUUGAUCUGUAUAGAGAGAAGAUGGAUUAUGAGUCUAGACUUUUAUGAUGCCAUGUGACUAAUGAAAUGCAGUGAUGACUCAUUUUUUCAAAUGGGUUUAAAACAGUUUUCAUUUGUUUGUUUGUUUGCUUCUCCAAGUUGAACUUGAAAAACAUAAAUAUUGAUAAGGAAGUUGAAUGACCAAAGCGUCUUCUCCAACCGUUAGGACCCUGUCUUUGGCUGUAUAUAAAGUGUUAUUUAUCUAUUUCAUACUGGUCUGUCAUUUUGUCUAUAAUUUCAACAAAUACUGUGAACUAAUGUGACUAGUGCAAUGACUGUAGGUGUGUUGGAUUUGUACUGGUGUGUGUCCAGGAAGUCAUUAAAAUGGGCAAAAUAGUAUUCUUUUUAUUCAUAAAUAUUCUUCAAAUUCAAGAGUUUUUUAUUAAAUUAUGUUUGUGUUUUGAGCAUGUGUCCUGUUUAAAGGACUUGUUUACCCAGAGGUGAAAAUCCUUAAUUCACCCUCAUAUCAUUCCAGACCCAUAUUUCAGAGAACACAAAAGGAGAUGUUUUGAAGAAUGUUCACGCUUGUCUUUUUCAUACAAUGAAAGUGGAUGUUUGUUCAUGUCAUCAAGCUCCAAAAAUGACAGGAAAGCACCACAGAAGUACCAUAAAAAUAGUCAAAGAUGUGUGAAGAUUCUUCAACAAUUUUCAUUGUGUUCCAUGGGGUUUUAUUUUUAAUUUUUUGAGGAUAAUUGUAUGUAUCUUAAUCUCUGUGUACAUGCAUACUAAAGCCUAAACACCUCUGUUCUUGAGUUUUGUUAUGGGUUUGGCUUUUUCACAAUCUGUGUUUCUCUCAGAUUGUCACUUUUGGCUCUUCUGCCCUGGUCUUGACAUUCUGUGAAAUGUCUACUAAACAUAACGAUGUGUGCUUGAUCAUGAGCCACAGUAAACCGGAUGACUGUUAAACUUCAGAAAGAUGUCCUUUACUUUCAAUUAUUUAUCAAACAACUGUAUAAUAUGAAGUGCACUUUAAGUAAAUGUGUUUUAUUUGGCCAUGGGAUGCAGCAAAUUAACGUAUCAAAAUAAUGCUGGCCUUGUCUUUUUGUUUGUGAUUUUGUUUUGUUUCCUUCAUAAAAAGCUUUUACUUUCAGUGGUUUUCUUUGCUUUUUUUUUUUUUUUUACACAAUCAGGUGAACUCUAAUGUAACCUCAGUCUUUAUUCAGGAUGGAAGAAAGCACACCUGACGUCCCACAGUCAGAGCUCAGGUUCUCUCUUUUAUCUGUCUUCACGCAUGUUUAUCCAAGUUUCACACGCUAAACAAUGUGGGAUGCAAUAAAGACUCUUUAUUAUGGUCUAAUCGACAGCUCUCGAGACAAAUGGCUUUUACAAUAAGAUGGUGUCUUACUGUGUUGCCAUACAUUGUGCAUUUGUGAAAGCUAAUAAUAAGACGGAUGACCAUGAA